AUGGAUGCAGGAUUACGUGACCUUAUGGAAACAAACUGCAAAAGCACCUUCAUUAUUACGGGAGAUUUGAAUUAUCAUAUUGAGCGGCAAAAACGGGUUGGCGCAAAACCACGGGAUAAAGAAUUUUUAGAAUUUGUGGAAAAUAACCACCUUAUUCAAAUGGUAGAUAAAACACCUCGAGGUAAAAAUAUCCUAGAUCUCGUAAUUACGUCAGUGGACCAUAUGAUAAAAGACGUUGAUGUCGGAGAACACUUCUUCACUAGUGAUCAUCAAAUAGUAAGAUUUAAAAUAUUUUUUGAGCAACGAGCAAAUAAGAAUGAAAAAAGCAGUGGUUUCAACAUUUUCAAAGCUAACUAUGAAAAGGUGAGAGACAAAAUAAAAGGUUUAAAGUUGAACAAACAAGUGGAAUUGCUUAGAGUAGAAAGAAAUACCAAAUCGACAUUGCUGCACUGUCUAAAACCCCUGCGCUGGAUGAAAGAUCUCUGGUUAAAGUGGGGGUAA